GACGCCGGUCGCCAUAGCGACGGGCCGGGCGCGCCGUCCGUGCCUGCGGCGGCGGCCGCGGCCAUGGCGGCGGAGGAGGAGGAGAGCGACGUGGAGUGGGUGGUGGACACCAUCGCCGGGUUCCUGCGGGGGCCCGCCUGGUCCUGCCCCAUCCUGGAGUUCAUGGAGCAGAAGUGCGAGGUUUUUGAUGAUGAAGAAGAAAGCAAGUUGUCUUAUACAGAAAUUUAUCAGGAGUACCAAGCUCUGGUUGAAAAAUUAUUAGAAGACUGUCUUAAAGAAGUUGGAAUUAAUGAAGAGAAAUUUCAAGAAGCUUUUUCAUCUCCUCUUGCAAAGACACAUACUUCACAGGCCAUUUUGCAAACAGUGUUGGCAGCAGAAGAUUUUAGACUAUUUAAAAAGAUGAUGGUACAGAAAAAUAUUGAAAUGCAAUUGCAAGCUAUUAGAAUCAUUAAAGAAAGAAAUGGCGUGUUGCCCGACUGUUUGACAGAGGGAUCUGAUGUAUUCAGUGAAAUUGAACAAGAAGAAAUGAAAAUACUGAGGGAGGUUCUAAGAAAAUCUAAGGAAGAAUAUGAAAUAGAGCAAGAAAGAAAGAGGACUGAAGAAGCACGUGAUAAAGUUACAUCACCAGAUGUUGCCAGUUUUCCAGGAGAUUCAAAAGAAGCUGUGAAAGUUAAGGAAUCCACUGAGGGAGCUGAUGGUUCUGAAGAAACUCCAAAGUUCCCGUUAGGGGAAUCUGGGAAAUCUGCGAGGGAAGACUUAAAACCCGUGCGCCCGUUACAGAAAGGAACGGAAAGCUUACCUCAGCCGCCUGGUACCAAAGGGAGAGACGACACUAAGAAAAAGUCAGCUGGAAAACGUUCAGAAAACACAGCACAAAAAGCUGGGAUGAAAGCACCUAAUUUAUCAGAACUUGAGGAACAGCAGCUGAAGCAGCGCGAGGACUACCUGAAGAAAAAACGAGAUUUGCUGAUGGCUGCAAAGAAGGAGUCAAGAAAUAACGUACUGUUACCAACAAACACGGACCAGAAGGAGGAGGACUCGCCUCCGAAAGAGGAGAUGUCAGAAGAGAAGCAGAGACUGCUACAGAAGAGGAAAACGCUUGCGGAAAAACUCAAAGAAGAGGUUAUUAAUAAGCGGUAAUUUUAAGCCGCUCCCUGCAGAACCCAAGAACAUAAGGAUGUUUUUAGAAUAAAUUAUACAAAUAAUAAUUGAA